AUGUCUCGCAUAAAGUCUACACAUGUUUCUGACGCUGCCGAUACCGUCGAAAAGGGAGACGUCAAAGACUUUGAUUUGACUGAAUUCUUAAGUGAGCAAAACGAUCAAGCUGUGGCAGCUGGUAUGCAUCCUAAGCAUAUGGGCUUGAUCUGGAAGAAUCUUGUCGUUCAGGGUCUUGGUGCUGACGCCAAGGUCAUUCCUACAAACUACACCUGGGUCCGAGACUUUGUAAAAUUCUGGAAGUGGGGCAAGCGUUCUGGUAAUGACUUUACAAUCUUGAAAGGAAAUGAUGGUUUCUGUAAGCAUGGUGAAAUGUUACUCGUCCUCGGUCGUCCUGGUGCUGGUUGUACUACUUUACUUCGUGUCUUAGCCAACAUGCGUGCCUCUUAUACGAAUAUUGAAGGUACUGUGACCUAUGGUGGUAUUGAAGCUCGUGAAUUCUCAAAGUACUACCGUGGUGAAGUUUGUUACAAUGAAGAAGAAGACCUACAUUAUCCUACAUUGACUACUAAGCAGACAUUGAGCUUUGCCUUGAAGAACAAGACUCCUGGUAAACGUUUGGAAGGUGAAAGCAAGAAGGAGUUCAUCAACAAAGUCCUCUAUAUGCUCGGAAACAUGCUGGGUCUUACCAAGCAAAUGAACACUAUGGUUGGUAAUGCCUUCGUUCGUGGCCUUUCUGGUGGUGAACGUAAACGUCUUUCUAUUGCUGAGCAGAUGACUACCCGUAGCUCUAUCAACUGUUGGGAUUGCUCUACUCGUGGUCUUGAUGCCUCAUCUGCUCUUGACUAUGUCCGUUCUCUUCGUAUCAUGACUGACAUUUUGAACAAGACAACUGUUGCUACUCUUUACCAAGCAUCUGACAGUAUCUUCCAUCUCUUUGAUAAAGUCAUGGUCCUUGAUGAAGGUCGCUGUAUCUACUUUGGCCCCACAUCUAAUGCAAAAUCCUAUUUUGAAGACAUGGGCUUUUACUGUCCUGAUCGUAAAUCCACUCCUGAUUUCUUGACUGGUCUUUGUAACCCUAACGAACGUCAAUACCGCGAAGGAUUCAAGGAAAAGGUGCCCGUCAAUGCUGUUCAAUUCGAAAAAGCCUAUAAGGAAUCUGGUCUUUACGCUCAAAUGAUGAAGGAGCGUGACGAAUACGAAAAACAUAUUCAAGAAAAUCGUCCCGACGAGCAGUUCCGUCAAGCCUUUAUUGAUGCCCAUCAAAAACACGCUCCUACCAAGUCUCCCUUUGUGGCUACUUACUAUCAGCAAGUCAAAUCUCUUACCAUUCGUCAGUUCCAACUCAUUUGGGGUGACAAAGGUGCUUUGGUCUCUCGUUAUGGUGGCGUUGUCGUCAAAGGUCUUAUCAUGGCUUCCGUCUUUUACAUGAUGCCUACUGAUGCUACUGGUGCCUUCUCUCGUGGUGGUUCUUUCUUGUUCUCUCUAUUAUUUAACGCCUUGAUCGCUCAGUCUGAACUGGCUGCGUUCAUGCAAGGUCGUCGUGUCUUGGAGAAGCACAAGCAUUUCGCCUUGUAUCAUCCUUCUGCUUUUUACAUUGCUCAAGUUAUUGUUGAUAUUCCACUUGCUAUCGUUCAAGUCAUCGUUUUCGAAAUCUGUGUUUACUUUAUGAUGGGUCUUGUACUUGACGCAGGAAAGUUCUUUACUUUCUUUAUCAUUCUAGUGGUGACUAACUUGUGUAUGAAUGGCUUCUUCCGUUUCUGGGGCGCUGUUUCACCAAACUUCUUUACUGCUUCUCAGUUAUCAUCCAUUCUUCUGAUUGCUGCCUUGGUGUACUCUGGUUAUCAAAUUCCUUACAACAAGAUGCAUCCUUGGCUCAUGUGGAUCUAUUGGAUCAAUCCUCUGGCCUAUGGUUACAAGGCUUUGAUCUCCAAUGAGCUGACUGGCAUGAACUUCUCUUGCGAAGGAUUCAACUCAGUUCCUUUUGGUCCCUCUUAUACAGAUGAUGCCUACAAGACCUGUAAUCUACCUGGUGCUGUUCCUGGCCAAACACACGUUCUUGGCGAUGAUUAUCUUCACUAUGCUUACGGUUAUGAGACCUGGCAACGAUGGAUCGAUUUUGUUGCUGUCGUUCUCUUCUUCCUCUUCUUUACUGUCUUAACUGCUCUUGCUAUGGAAUAUGUUGAUCUCCAAAAGGAAGGUUCCAUCACCAAGGUGUACAAGGCUGGUAAGGCGCCCAAGGAAAUCGAUGAAUCCAAGGCCCUGGAAGCUGUUCAAACCGAACAAGACGAAGAAAUGGAAAGUGUCUCUACUGGUACUACUUUCUCUUGGCAUCACAUUGAUUACACUGUUCCCGUCAAGGGUGGUCAACUCAAACUUUUGAAUGACAUUGGUGGUAUUGUCAAGCCUGGUCAUCUUACUGCCCUCAUGGGUUCUUCUGGUGCUGGUAAGACAACUCUUUUGGACGUUUUGGCUCAACGAAAGACCAUUGGUAAAGUUGAAGGCCGUAUGUACUUGAAUGGUGAACCUCUUGGUCCUGAUUUCGAACGAUCUACUGGUUACUGUGAGCAGAUGGAUGUCCACAACCCUAAUGCUACUGUACGAGAAGCACUCAAGUUCUCUGCUUACCUUCGUCAACCUGCUGAGGUUCCCAAGGAAGAAAAGGAUGCCUACGUUGAACAAAUUAUCCGUCUUAUGGAAAUGGAAAAGAUUGCUGAUGCCCUCGUUGGUGAUCUUGAAGCUGGUAUUGGUAUCUCUGUUGAAGAACGCAAGCGUUUGACUAUUGCUACUGAAUUGGUUGGUAAGCCCAAGCUUCUUUUCCUUGAUGAACCUACCUCUGGUCUUGACGCUCAAAGUUCCUACAACAUUGUUCGUUUCAUUCGUAAGCUUGCCGAUGCUGGUUGGCCCGUGCUCUGUACUAUCCAUCAGCCCUCUGCUACCCUCUUUGAACACUUUGAUCAUUUGGUGCUUUUGGUUCGUGGUGGUAAGACUGCUUACUUUGGUGAAAUCGGCAAGGAUGCCUCUACGAUGAUCUCUUACUUUGAAAGAAACGGUGGUCCCAAGUGUUCUCCUAACGCUAACCCUGCUGAAUACAUUCUUGAAUGUGUUGGUGCUGGUACUGCUGGUAAAGCCAAGGCUGACUGGGCUGAAAUUUGGAAGACCUCUCCUGAAGCCAAGGCAUUGGAAGAAGAACUUGAACAAAUCCACCAAACGGUCGACCAUAACCGCAAGAACACCAACAGUCCUUACUCCCUCUCUUUCUUCCAGCAGUUCUGGCUCGUCUACAAGCGUAUGAAUGUCUCCUGGUGGCGUUGUCCUACUUACAACAUGGGUCGUCUCUUCAACGUUUGUUUCAUUGGUCUCAUCUCUGGUUUUUCCUUCUGGAAGUUGGGCAACACUCCCUCUGAUCUGCAAAAUCGAAUGUUCUCUGUCUUUACUACUCUGCUGAUGAGUAACGCCUUGAUCAUUUUGGCUCAACCUCGUUUCAUGCAAGAACGUGCCUGGUUCCGUCGUGAGUAUGCUUCUCGUUACUAUGGUUGGGCUCCAUUCGCACUCUCUUGUAUUCUUGUCGAAAUCCCUUACUUGAUCUUCUUCUCGACCAUCUUCUUGUUCUGUUUCUACUGGACAGCUGGCCUUCAAAACGUCUCUGAUCGUGUCGGUUUCUUCUACAUUCACUUUGUGGUCUUCUUGUUCUACUCUGUCUCCCUUGGUUUCACUAUUGCCGCCUUCUCAAGCACACCACCUAUGGCUGCUGUCAUCAAUCCAUUCUUCACGUCCAUCUUGAUCUUGUUCGCUGGUAUCAUGCAACCUCCUUCUGCUAUGCCAAAAUUCUGGAGCUCAUGGAUGUACUGGGUGGAUCCUUAUCAUUAUCUGAUAGAAGGUCUUGUCGUCAACGUCAUGGAUAGUGUUCCAGUACACUGCGGUGAAUCCGAUUUUACCAAAAUACCCGCCCCUCCUGGUAUGACCUGUGGUCAAUACAUGGCUGAUUUCUUCAAAUCUGGUGGUAGUGGUUAUCUUGGCAACGAAAAUGCUACUGGCAUGUGUGACUACUGCCCUUACAGCUAUGGUAAUGAAUUCUAUGAAGAAAGAAUCGGAUGGAGCUUUAGUAACAGAUGGCGCGACUUUGGUAUCCUUUGUGCUUACUCUAUUUUCAACGUCUUUGCCUUCAUGUUCUUUGUAUUCUUAUUUAGAAAAGCCAAGCGAUAA